GAUGUACCGGAACCCUUCCACGGUAUCGAGGUCGAUCAACGGACAAUGGCAGUGCGAUUGCCUCAUCUUGACGUCACCGAUGAUGUCGACCCAGCAUUGUCUCAACACAUCCCAGCACGUACAUAAGCAUCAGAUCGAGCUGUGGACCCCACAUUAUAACCUCAGAUCCAAACAUCCCAUUUUAAAUAACACAGUAGCCGAGUCAUCAUGAGCAGCACACAACCUCCUUAUUCUUCCACCUUCGGGCAGCCCAACCAGAAUCCCAGCGCAACCACUGCGACCGGCAUCACCAGCACCGGCCAGCCAAAUACCGGCCCUGCACGCACCACCGCGGGACCACAUCAGUCGGAUCUCGCCAACAAGGCCGAUCCCCGUGUGGACAGUGAUCUGAACAAUCGCGCUCAGUACGCCCCCGGCACCACCACCACCGGAAACGUGCACCCCCAGGCUACCCAGGGCGUAUCCAAUCCCCAGAGCUCUACCGCUGGCCCGCACAAGUCUUCUAUCCUUAACAAGCUAGACCCUCGUGUCAACAGCAAGACCGGCGAGAUGUCGUCCAAGUCCACCAACCAGGCCGGCACCGGAGCCAUGCGCGAGCCGACCGAUACGACCGGAGCCGCUUAUCAACAACCUACCACCGCGGGCACCGGCGCGGCUGGCUACAACACCACCCCCGUCUCCGGAUCGCAAACCACCAGCGGAGUCGGAUAUCAGCCUACUGCAUCAUCCGGCAGCACUUAUACGACUCCAGGAACCGGCUCCAAGUCCGCCCAAGCAGGAGAAAGUUUCGGCCAAGGGGUGAAGUCAGCGGCGGCGGGGAUUCACGGAGCGGGGGAAUCGCUGCGAGGCGGGCUGAACGCGGCCGUCGACAAGGCGUUUGGACACGAUGAAGGGGUGGCCAGAAACGCGGCCAUUGCUCAAGGAGGAGAGCAGGAGAUUCAGUCGGGGAACUUUAGGACGCAGCGGUGAUAUUUUUAUUAUGAACCAGCUUUGAUGAUAUGAGUAUGAGUCACGCUAGUAGUUAAUGGAUCUUUGCUUAU